GCGCAAUGCACUAGGUGUCAGACGCCGCGCCGGGUAGCCGGCGGAACACUUCUCGCUGGCUCGCGUAGCCCUGGCCCCUGCGGUGGCGGCCGCCGACUGGCCGCGCUCCCCAACGGGCUGCCGUGGCCCGCAUCCUGCGGCAUGAGCCGGUGACCGAGCGCGGGGCCGCGCGGGAGGCAGCCGUGGCCGAGGAGCGUGAGGAAGAGGCUGUCUGUGUCAUUAUGUGCGCGUCGGUCAAGUACAAUAUCCGGGGUCCCGCCCUCAUCCCAAGAAUGAAGACCAAGCACCGAAUCUACUACAUCACCCUCUUCUCCGUCGUCCUCCUGGGCCUCAUCGCCACUGGCGUGUUUCAGUUCUGGCCUCAUUCCAUCGAGCCCUCAAACGACUGGAGCCUGGAGAAGCGCAGUGUCCGAGACGUGCCAGUCGUCAGGCUGCCGGCCGAUAGUCCCAUCCCCGAGCGGGGCGAUCUCAGUUGCAGGAUGCACACGUGUUUUGAUGUCUACCGCUGUGGCUUCAACCCAAAGAACAAAAUCAAGGUGUAUAUCUAUUCCCUGAAGAAGUACGUGGACGACUCGGGCAUCCCAGUCAGCGACACCAUCUCCCGGGAGUAUAAUGAACUGCUCACGGCCAUCUCAGACAGCGACUACUACACUGACGACAUCACCCGGGCCUGCCUCUUUGUCCCGUCCAUCGAUGUGCUGAACCAGAACACGCUCCGCAUUAAGGAGACAGCGCAAGCACUGGCCCAGCUCUCUAGGUGGGAUCGAGGUACAAACCACCUGCUGUUUAACAUGUUGCCUGGAGGUCCCCCAGAUUAUAACACAGCCCUGGAUGUCCCCAGAGACAGGGCUCUAUUGGCUGGUGGUGGCUUUUCUACGUGGACCUACCGGCAAGGCUACGACGUCAGCAUUCCUGUCUACAGCCCGCUGUCAGCUGAGGUGGACCUCCCCGAGAAAGGGCCAGGCCCCCGGCGGUACUUCCUCCUGUCGUCUCAGAUGGCCCUCCAUCCCGAGUACCGAGAGGAGCUGGCAGCCCUGCAGGCCAAGCACGGAGAGUCAGUGUUAGUGCUAGAUAAGUGCUCCAACCUCUCCGAGGACGUCCUGUCCGUCCGUAAGCGCUGCCACCAGCACCAGGUCUUCGAUUACCCCCAGGUGCUGCAGGAGGCUACUUUCUGCGUGGUCCUUCGUGGAGCUCGGCUGGGCCAGGCCGUACUGAGUGAUGUACUACGGGCUGGCUGUGUCCCAGUCGUCAUUGCGGACUCCUACAUUUUGCCUUUCUCUGAAGUUCUUGACUGGAAGAGAGCGUCUGUGGUUGUGCCGGAAGAAAAGAUGUCGGACGUGUACAGCAUCUUGCAGAGCAUCCCCCAAAGACAGACGGAAGAAAUGCAGAGACAGGCACGGUGGUUCUGGGAAGCGUACUUCCAGUCAAUUAAAGCCAUUGCGCUGGCCACCCUGCAGAUUAUCAAUGACCGGAUCUAUCCAUAUGCCGCCAUCUCCUAUGAAGAGUGGAAUGACCCUCCGUCUGUGAAGUGGAGUAGUGUGAGCAACCCACUCUUCCUGCCGCUGAUCCCACCACAGUCUCAAGGUUUUACUGCCAUCGUUCUCACCUACGACCGAGUGGAGAGUCUCUUCCGGGUCAUCACUGAAGUGUCCAAGGUGCCCAGUCUAUCCAAGCUCCUGGUUGUCUGGAAUAAUCAGAAUAAAAGCCCUCCAGAAGAGUCUCUGUGGCCCAAAAUCCGGGUUCCAUUAAAAGUUGUAAGGACAGCUGAAAACAAGCUGAGUAACCGUUUCUUCCCUUACGAUGAAAUUGAGACCGAGGCCGUCCUGGCUAUUGACGAUGAUAUCAUCAUGCUGACUUCCGAUGAGCUGCAGUUUGGUUAUGAGGUCUGGCGGGAAUUUCCUGACCGGUUGGUGGGUUACCCCGGCCGUCUGCACCUCUGGGACCACGAGACGAGUAAGUGGAAGUAUGAGUCCGAGUGGACUAACGAGGUGUCCAUGGUGCUCACGGGAGCAGCCUUCUACCACAAGUACUUUAAUUACCUGUAUACCUACAAAAUGCCUGGGGACAUCAAGAACUGGGUGGAUGCUCAUAUGAACUGUGAAGACAUUGCUAUGAAUUUCCUAGUGGCUAAUGUCACAGGGAAAGCUGUCAUCAAGGUAACACCGCGAAAGAAAUUCAAGUGUCCUGAGUGCACAGCCAUUGAUGGACUUUCACUAGACCAGACACACAUGGUCGAGAGGUCUGAGUGCAUCAACAAGUUUGCUUCAGUCUUCGGGACAAUGCCUCUGAAGGUGGUGGAGCACCGAGCUGACCCUGUCCUCUACAAAGACGACUUCCCCGAGAAACUGAAGAGCUUCCCCAACAUCGGCAGCUUAUAAACCCGCCACAGGUGGAGGUCUGAAUAUCAGGCUUGAACAAAGGACGAGAACACGGCCUCCCCAGCAUGGGUGAUACCAGGGUGGGGACUUGAGGGUGGAAGAGUGACAUGCCGGACUCUGCCGUCUACCCCCCUGACCUACUUUCUCAAGAACAGGGACCUCAAGAGGCUGCCUAAGCCCCUCGAGCUCUGCACCCCCUGUUCUAGUGUCCCCUACGGCCUCCGAUGGCUGCUUGAGUGCCAGGUGGGAGCCUUGGUGGCUCCAGGUUUACAUCCAGCUCAGGCUCCCUAGUUCCCAGUUCUGGCAUCACAGUCCGAAAGGAAACUUCCCUGACUGGAAAGCUGCUGAGGAGAGGAACCUGCAGCCCAUUUGAGAUGUGGGGAAUCAUGGAAAAGAUAUCCAUGUCUCACUUACAGUUAUUUCACAUCAGUGAGUUCUUGGGAGGAAAAGCCAAGCCCAGAAUUUGGAGCAAAAUCCAAUCAUAGUGGGAUUUUCCAUGCAGCGUGGGGUAAAAGUAUGUUUACAGUUGUUUGCGGGGAAAGUAAUACAAUAAUUAAUUAAUAAUAAUACAAGGAUAAACUCUGUUUCCGUACUCCCAGCUGUGAACCUACUUCUGCCCCACCCAGUGUGCCUGGGGCCUGCGGUGCUAGCCUUGUGCACAGAAGGGCAUCGACUGCCGUUGUGGGACCCUGUGCACCCCAUGAGGUAUUCCUGUUUGGUUUGGC